UUUCGUAUUUUCUCAGAUUAAACAAUUUUUUAAAUUUAAAUUCAUGCUACUGAUGUGAACAGAGAAUCAACUUUAUAGACAGCUUUUCUUUUUUUUGUACCUUAGUUGAGUGAGUAAUGAAAUUUUAGAGAAAUGUUAAAUUCCGGUGAGUCUAGUGUUGAGAGAAAUUACAUUAUACAUGAUAAAAUGGAAGAUAAAACGGACCUCUUAAAGCAUACACUCGCAUUAAUGAGGAUUGCUGGAUGCUGGCAACCGUUGUCGAGAAUAUCCUCAUACAAAUAUAAACUUUACAACGUUUAUACGCUACUUCUGGUUCUUAUAUUGUAUACGUUUGCGAUUUCUCAAUUUAUAGCCAUUUUUUUGAAUGCUGGCAGUCCACAGGAAUUUACUAGUAUUUUAUACAUGAUGAUGGCUGUGUGCAUUUCUAUCUUAAAGAUAUCCAGUAUGUGGAUAAAUCGAAAGAAUUUUGCGGACAUUAUUAAUACUCUUACCGAUGAACCAUUUAGACCGGUGAUAGCCGGUGAAGUAAAGAUCCGUCAAAAUUUUGACAAAAUGAUACGAAACAACACGUUAUAUUGCUUUAUCUUGGUUGAAUCGACGUGUGUGUGCAUCAUUCUGACUUCUUUGUUCACAAACUUUAAGACUGGGGACUUAACGUUCAAAGCCUGGUUGCCAUUUAAUUAUUCCUCUUCGAUAUUAUUCUCCCUCGCGUACACUCAUCAAUUAAUAAGCAUGACAACAUGUGCCCUAAUCAAUCUCGCCUGCGACUGCUUCAUUUGUGGUCUCUUAUUGCACAUUUGCUGUCAGAUCGAAAUAUUGGAAUAUCGAUUGAACAAAUCACAUACCUGGGAAAACUUGCGUGACUGCGUACGUCACCAUGACCUUAUAUUUGACUUUGCUUCCAUAGUGAACGAAAGAUUCGCAAAGAUAAUCGCUAUUCAGUUUAUAGUAAGCAUGCUGGUGGUGUGUUCCAAUUUGUAUCAAUUAGCUCAGACAACAUUAAGUGCAAAAUAUAUUCCGUUGGUAAUAUACACAUUUUGUAUGAUGACAGAAAUUUUCAUUUAUUGCUGGUUUGGAAAUGAAGUUAAAUUAAAGAGCCUUCAGAUGAUUGAUCAUAUUUUUGAAAUGGAUUGGCCGAGAUUGAACAACAGCUUUAAAAAAGCUUUUCUGAUGAUUAUGAAUCGAGCAACAAUACCUAUCGAAUUUACUAGCGCAUAUCUCUUUUCCAUGAAUCUUGAAUCCUUCGUAGGGGUACUUAGAAUAUCAUAUUCAGCAUACACUUUACUGCAAAAGUUGUAAAACCUGCGCCAAGAAAAUUGCAUAUGUAGAAUAU